CAGGGCUCUCCGCACUCAAGCCGUGACGUAUCAACCCAACCACCAAGUUGUAGCAGAGAAGAGCAUUCAAGAUGUCAAACACACUCCGCCCAUACCUCAACGCCGUCCGCUCAACCCUAACAGCAACCCUCUGCCUCGAGAACUUUGCCUCACAAGUCGUUGAACGACACAACUGUCCCGAAGUCGAAGCCAGACAAUCUCUCGAAGCACUCCUAACCCCCCUCUCAAUCUCCCGCAACGAAGGCGAACGCGUCCUCAUCGAACCCUCCUUCAACUCCCUCCGCAUCUCCAUCAAAAUCAAACAAGCAGACGAAAUCGAACAUAUCCUCGCUCACAAAUUUACGCGAUUCAUGAUGGGUCGCGCGGAGAGUUUUGUGAUUUUGAGACGGAAGCCGGUGGCAGGGUAUGAUAUUUCGUUUUUGGUGACGAAUUUUCAUAGUGAGGCGAUGUUGAAGCAUAAGCUUGUCGAUUUUAUUAUUCAGUUUAUGGAGGAGGUUGAUGCGGAGAUUAGUGAGAUGAAGUUGUUUUUGAAUGGACGGGCACGGUUUGUUGCUGAGAGUUAUUUGGGUGCUAUUUCGGGAUGAAUUCGAAAGUUGUGAGGGGAUGGCGGCGAUGGGAUGGAGAAGGGUGUCAAUCAGCACUAGAAGUUUUGGAAUGGUAAAAGACGCGACGCAGAAUGUGAAGCGCGCAGUCCGAUUUAUGACCUAUGAUAUACCAAUGCAUUUGAUUCAACAUUACAUAGCUUGUCUGGAGGAGACUUUUUUACGCCUUGCACA